CAGGCAUCGGGCCCCCAGGUGGAGCGGCGGGCGCCGGGCCCCCAGGCGGAGCGGCGGGCACCGGGCCCCAGGAGGGACAGCAGGCCCCGGGCCCCCAGGCGGAGCGGCGGCGGGCACCAGGGGGGCGGGCCGGGUCAUCAGGCACGACAACGGGCAUCGGGUCACCAGGCAUCAGGUCAUUUGGCUCACCAGCGGGCACCGCGUCAUCUGGCAAGGCAGUGGGCACCGAGUCACCAGGCACGACAGUGGGUUCCGAGUCAACUGGCAUUGGAUCGUCUGGCUCGACAGCGGGCAUCAGGUCACCAGGCAUCAGGUCAUUUGGCUCGACAGCGGGCACCGCGUCAUCUGGCAAGGCAGUGGGCACCGAGUCACCAGGCACGACAGUGGGCUCUG